AUGGAACGCUCAUUUGGCACUGUUAUUAGUGGCAAUAGGAGACGAAAGGCAGAGCUAUCGCCUGAGCAGCGCGCUGGCAUCGUAUCUAAGCAUGAGAGCGGCCAAUCGCCUACUAAACUAGCGCGCGAAUUCGCCUGCGCGCGUAGUACAAUUUACGACACACUCGAGCGCUUCAAACAGCAUGACACUGUUGAAUCCCUACCUCGCAGCGGGCGCCCUAUCAAGAUUAGCCCUCGCGCUAGACGCCAGAUCUAUCAGUUAGCCCGCCGGUAUCCUAAUUGGAGCUACCUAGCGCUUCGCUCGCGGCUACCUAAUCCGCCGAGCAAAUCGUCUCUUCGGUUAAUUCUUAUCAAAUACGGGCUUCGCAAACGCCGGUCGAGGAAACGAAUACCUUUAAAGCCCUCUGGAGCGCUUAAGCGCUACCGUUUUGCUUUGAAAUAUCGCCGGUUCCGCGCGUGGAAUACGUGGAUAUUUUCGGAUGAAUGUUCCGUGGAAAGGCACUCCAAAACUAUCGGUUCUAGCAGCGGCUGGGUGUGGCGGUUUACCUCGGAGGCCUAUAGGCGUGAUCUUGUGAAUAUUGUGCCUCACGUACGCGAUAUAUCACAGAUGGUUUGGGCGGCUAUCUGGCUAGGUGGCCGCUCAGAUCUAGUAGUUAUGGAGCGUGAUGAAUUAGCACCGAGGAACGGCUAUACUGCGAGAUCUUAUAUCGAUGCGCUUAACGAGGGUCUAGUUCCACACUAUACCCCCGGCACUAUCUUCCAGCAAGAUAACGCAAAGAUCCAUACAGCCGAUAUCGCGAAAUCGUGGUUUGAAUCGCAUGGGAUCGAGGUGGUGGACUGGCCGGCACACUCGCCUGAUAUGAACCCUAUUGAGCCGGUGUGGCGCUUAUUAAAACUAAAGGUGUUUAGUAUGUUUCCAGAGCUAAUCGGAAUGGGUAAAUCUGAGGCAGAUUGGCAGUACUUCAUAGAGUGUUUAAAGGCUGCGUGGGCUGCGUUAGAUCAGGCUACAAUUGAUAGUCUAAUUCUUAGCAUGCCUAGGCGUUUGGAGGCACUACGUGUUGCUAGAGGGUGGUACACUAGAUAUUAG